UUAGUAAUGAUUAACACCCGGCGGGAAGAAACUUAGAUGUAAAUAAAUGUUAAGCUUGGUUUGGACCCUCGCUUUUUGUUUUGCUGAAGCAAGCCCGUCGCCUUUGGCAAGUGUGGUGUUCAUCGGGAUGCGCAACGUGUGUUGAUUUUUAUUUAAAGCAAACCAGUGAAGAUGACACCAAAACACGAAAAACAAGAAUUUGUAACUGUCUUGGUGCGAGAUCCCAGGACACAAAAAGAAGACUCAUGGCAUUCUUACAUAGACUAUGAGAUAUUUAUUCAUACAAACAGUAUAUGCUUUACAAGGAAAACAUCCUGUGUUAGAAGACGCUUUAGAGAAUUUGUUUGGCUUCGGCAGAGGCUUCAGAGCAAUGCAGCACUUAUACAGUUACCUGAACUGCCAUCUAAAACUCCCUUUUUCAACAUGAACAAUCCCCAUCAUGUGGACCAUCGCCGGCAGGGUCUGCAAGAAUUCCUGGAGAAGGUCCUACAAGAUGCGUUAUUGCUGUCGGACAGUAGGCUUCACCUCUUCUUACAGACUCAGCUCAGCCCUGAAGACAUGGAGGCGUGUGUGUCUGGACAGACCAAAUACUCUGUUGCUGAGGCAAUUCAUAAGUUUGCUUCCUUGAACAGACGUUUUCCUAUUGAAGAUGAAGAGGGAAAAAAAGGGGAAAACAGUGUGGAGCCUGACUCGGAGAGUUCAUCCUCCGGGCUGAGACCUAGUGAUGACAGCAUUUCAUGUGGAUGUAAAGCAAGCCCAGCUUCUGAAGAAUCAUGAAAAAUCAUUCCUGUGUUGCUAUGGUAUGGACAGUACAAAGUGGUUUCUUCUCUGUUUACUGGUUACAUGUGCUGUGUAAACACGGCUGGCUGGUAACGUGUACCUACCAGACCUGUCGCCAAUACAACCCGAUGUCCUUACAAAAUUUUCAAAACAGACCUUGAUGCUAUUUCUUUUUUGAUUUAUUAGUACGUUGAUUCAGGUCUACACACUACCGAUUUGCAUUUUGUUUUUUAUGACAAACUCCCUGUGCUGGGUAAGUCUUGCUCUACUGGUGUAUGUGGUGGUUAAAAUACUUCCCUUUGUGAGUAUAUGUCUCAGAUCUGAAAAAUAAAGAUGACUUAAUUCCUCAGCUUGAAAGCUGGCAUAUCAUACCAAAUAUAUCCAAAGCAUCUUUUUGUAAUUUGCAUCAGAGAAGCUUCAUCUUCAGAAGUCAUUUGACAUCAGCGAUGAAAUUACAUACCCCACAAGGUAUUAACUUUUUGAAGUAGCUCAGCAACAUCAGCAAAACAACAUUUGUAUGAACUAUAUGCUGCUGGCAACUUGAGAUGUAUUUAUAUCUUCCCCUGGUCUUUCUGUAAUGUUUAUGGAAGGCCUGGUUAUAUCAUGUGUAAGAACUGAAGGCCGAAAUUCUUGAUCGUGGUUGCUUAGCAGUUAGAAAUAUUAAAAAAAAAAAAUUAUACCGUGUCUGCUGGAGAUUCUCAGUUCCCAGUGAAUUACAGAUACUUGUUGUCAGUGAAAAUUGGGUAUGAGAUCCACUGAAACCAAUAGCUCAAUUUUGCAUCAACCUCACCAGGGCCAGGAUUUUAUUUUCAUCAUGUUUAACUUUAGGCACCGAUAUUUGAAGAUGCCAAGAGAGAUGUUUUAGUUUAGCAGCUGAAAUGGAGGGUAUCUCCCUCUCGAGAGGAUGAUAAUCACCUGGCUGGUACACGUGGUAGUGAUGUGGACCUCUCCACUCUUUGGGAGUAACAGGAGCUGCUGAUUGCAUUGUGGCUGUAGUUAACACGUUGGAAUAUUGACUUUCUCACAAACAAAAGGCAGGCUGGAGCACAACUUCAUAACCACCAGCCCUGAUUUGUAUUAAACGUCAGUUUUGCUCAUUAUUGUUAACAGCAGCUGCAUAGUGUCUUGUCCCAGAUUCUGUCAAAGGAAUAUGUUUCGCUGUGGUGGUGUAUUUAUAUUUGACAUUUAACUGCUAUUAAAAAGAACUUGGGGGUCUGAUCCCUUCCAUUAACUUCAGUGCUGUAGUUACCAGCCUAGAAAUUGAUAUAUAUAUACAUAUAUAUACACACACACACAUACAUACAUAUAUUUGUAUUUUUAUAGAAUUCUGUAGAUCCUUUCAAAGAAGGAGCAUUUUAAACCUGGGAGUUACAGAAACAACAGAUUAUUAAAUGGCCAGCCAAUAAAGGUUAGCAUAGGCAUGUGUGGGCAUGCUUGUUUAAAGCAUCCAGCUGGGAAGCUGUAUAAUUUUUAGAAACAUGUUUUAAUAGUCUGAGGUUUGACAUCUCUUAGGUAACUACUUUCAUCCACUGUAUUUUGUCGGUGAUAGCACUUUUAUAAGAUAAAUAUCCAUGUUUCUUUUUGCUUGGUCUUAUUGAAUUGCACAAAAGUAUCUAUAUUCACCUUCUCAGCUUGUGUGUGAGUUAGCAGCAAAGCUAUUUUAAUGUAAAAGUGAUAACAUUUAAUUAAAGCAACAAGUUAUCAGGAAAGGUAGCUUUAGAAUAGCUGUUCUUGCCAGGCAGAGAUGUUUGAUUACUUGGAUCCUUUAAAUUUUUUUUAAUUUUUUAAUCUUUUUUAUUUUUUAUUUUUAAGUUUUAUUUUAAGAUGUUACAGGGAAAAAUCACUUUGCAAACUUAUUUAAGAGAUGGGGAAAAAUACAAAACCAAAAACUGGAGCUACGGCUUAAAAAAAUUAAUGUUUUUAUUUAAUGCAAUGUUAGGCUAGUGGCUUUUUAAUUUUCUUUUAAAACCUUUAUCUAAAUUGUUUGAUGCACUUUAUAAUUCUGGCUUACUAACAUGUCCUCACUAUCAUGGAAAUUACAGAAAUGCAAGGUUUGGAGCAGAAAAGCAAGGUUUGCUUUUACUUUUUUUAUUUCUGGGAGCUUAUAUAUGCCAGUGUUUUCAAACUGAAGAUGUUUCUGAAAUGCUUGUUUUUAAUAGUUCUAUUACUGUUCUGUUGGAUUUUUUUUUUUUUUUUUUUUUUUUUUUUUUUGUUACCCUAUGCAAAAAUUCUAAGACCACUCUAAGAACUUUUUUCCAGUUUUGACAAAAAUUUGUUUAAAUAUUUAUUGUUUGAAUAGCUAAUGUUUGUGUAGCGAAUGUUACUGGAAUUUUUCCUACUGAAGGUGAAGGAAAAGUAUUGAAUGUUCUUGUAUGUCUUUGUUUUGGAUCAGCUGUGUGUAACUGCAUGUACGGGUUUUAAGACAUUGCUUAAUUUGGAACAUUUGAAUGUAACUUACAAAUUUAAAUGUAAAAAAAAUGUAUUUUUAAUUUAUUUUAUGACUCCAAUGAUCCAGUGAUUUUAUUUUUUCUUUCAACAUUAUGUAAUGCAUUUUUGAUUUGGUUGAUUUUAAAUUUAUUUUAAAUUUUUGAAUAAUGCUGAUAUUUCCUGCUAGUUUGUUAAACAGUCUAGUAUAGUUUAUAAUAUAAUCUAAUAAACUAAUAAUAUUACUAUCUCUUUGCAAUAAUUCUUCACCCAGACUUUGCUUUAUAUUUUUCUUGGAACUUUAUAUUCUUACUUUCAUGAUGAUUUAUUAAAAGCUUUUAAGUAAUUAUAUUCCUACUUUAUAUUUUGUGCUUAAACCUGCCAGUAAGAUUUCCUUUAUUUUAAUAUCAAUAUCCUGAUCACUUUGAUUUACCAAGUGUAAUUACUCUUCAACUAUUUUUGCGUUUGGUUUUUGUUGUUACUGGUUUUGUAGAGAAUGUAAAGAAGUGAAAAUAACUCCAGUCAUAUGUGCUAUCAGAUUCUACAAAGUGUAACUUAAGAAUGUUGUAAACUAACAUUAAGCAACCUGUUAGUCUCAAUGAAAUACAGUUUCAAGAAAGAUGAGAAAA